CAAAGUGUGCUAUAAGCUGCUACUAGAUUAGUUAUCGAACUUUGAACACCUCUGACUUCGCAAACACAAAUCUUACAACGUUCUACAAGUGAUCAUUUUAAAAGAGUGGCGUUCUCACCUAUACCGAAGUUCGUCUCUCUACCGUCGACGGCGCUGAAAUAGAAUUUCUUUAAAUCUUGCAAGCUUACAACACAGAACCAAAAGAUGCCAACUUAUAAACUGACCUAUUUCCCAGUAUCAGCUUUAGGCGAACCAAUUCGAUUCCUGCUCAGUUAUGGAGGUGCCGAAUUUGAGGAUUACCGCUUCGAUAGAAAGGACUGGCCCAAUCUAAAACCUGAAAUGCCAUUUGGUCAAGUUCCUGUUCUUGAAAUUGAUGGCAAGAAAGUUGCCCAAUCUGUAGCCAUUUCUCGCUACUUGGCAAAGCAGUUUGGCCUUGCUGGAAAGAACGACUGGGAAGCUCUUGAAAUUGAUGUCAUUGUUGAUACUAUUCAUGAUCUUCGUUCAAAAAUUGCGGCGUACGCGUACGAGGCCAAUGAAACGGCAAAGGAUGAGAAACUGAAAGUUGCCAAGGAACUGGUACCGUACUAUUUGGAACGCUUGGACGCUGAAGUGAAGAAGAAUGAUGGCUACUUCGUCGGCGGUGCUUUGACUUGGGCCGACAUUACGUUCGCUGGUCUUCUUGAAUACUUGAACUUCAUGAUGAAGUCCGAUAUUAUCGAGAACUAUGAAAAUUUGAAACAGCUAAACGAGAAANAAUCUCUACGGUGCCGACGACAGUCACGAUAUACUNCCUCAAUGUGCCAUCAAUUAAGAGCUGGAUUGAGAAACGCCCACAAUCUCAAUGGAAUGCGUAAAUGGGGUGUAUCGAAAAUACUCCAUUUGAAAUUUCCAUAA